UUACACGAUUCAAUUUAACCAAACAAAACCGUAAAUCUAGCCGAAAUACUUUCACGGCCUUCGCGCGCUCGAAUUACACUGUCAAACCCUAAUCUAAGAGCAACGUUCGUCUCCAUUUGAUGCCUGUCUCCAUGGCAGAAGUGCAAAUCAUCACCAUAGCCGAUCUCCUCUCCCUCUCUUUACCCCUCACCGGCGCCACUUCACUUUCCCCCUCCUCCUGCUCUCCUCCCUUGAAGAAACACAAGCCCCAACCUCCCCAUGUUACCGAGACCGAGAAUCUCACUAGUCUCCUGAUCGGCAACAAGCGUUAUUCAAACCGAGAGCUUUCAUUCACUCCAUUCAAAUGCCCUGUCAGCCUCCACGGCACCGUGGAUCUCCCCAUUGAUCCUUCUGACCAGUACUUUUCAUUCUGCGACGGCUUCUCUAGCAUAUCCUGUGCCAUUCUUGAUUUCGAACUUAGGAUCAUCGGAUGCAAAGUACACGUUCACGCUUGGAAUUUCCUUCCUUUCAAGAACCGGAGUGGGGGGCUCCUGGAAAUAAUCCGAUGGAGCACUUAUUCAGCGCUCCCGAUGCCCAAUGGCUUGUCUGCUACUUAUCUCCGGAAAGGGGCCGAGUUGUCGAGUAGAAAAGGCAUUGCGGGUGUUCUGAAAUCAGUUAGCCCGGUGUUCACCGUUCCUUGUCGGAACACUGGGUCUGGUUUGGAUUCUAUUGGUUUCCUUGCAGAGAUAUUCACAUGCAAGUGCAGUUUUUGCUUCAAUUCAUUUUCUAUGGAUCGUUUUGAUUAUUCUUCUUGGAAGCAGAGUAGCCAUUGCUUUGCUGCUUCCGAGUUUGUUUACUUUCUGAAGCCUUCUGGGUGGCGUGUUGCUCUUGUUAAACUUGUUGGGAAGGUUAUUAUGGUCUCAGGAUUGAAGAAGAAGAUAAUAUUUGUUGGAGAGAAGACAUCGUAUGCCAUAUACGUCACACCUUUGGACGCGUCAGUUUCUUUAGGUCUAUUACCUUUGGAGGCUAUGUAUCAUGGAGAGGAUGUUAGAACGAGAAUGACUGGGGAUGUGACAGUCUAUGAUGGAGUUGUUACUGGAGUUUACAUGCAAGGGAUGGCGGUUGAAUUAGAUGAGAAGGUUUGGCUUUUGGUCACUGAUCCCAACAUCGCACCACUAGCUGCUCUAAGGGUUGGUGCUAUUAUUUCUAUCAGAAACUUUCAAUUGCUUCGUCCUGUAUUUUCCUGGAUUGAAAUCAGUCUGCUUGUUAGUUGUUGCAGAACUACCAUAGAUGUUAAGGCUUUUUCACUUUCUGAUACUAGGUGUCACUUUAGGUCUCAGAGUCAGAGCUUACUGGGGAAGUUUAUGGAAUCUCUUAUACCGACAGCUAGAUUUUGGCUGCUACUCUUGAUCUCUUGUUUCAGGAGAAAAUUUGGUAGGCUAUUAACUAACAAAGAAAUUGUUGGCUCGAGAAAUAAGGAAGGAAUGGUUCAGGUUUAUGCACAUGCAUCUUUGCAUUCACAUUUCCUUCAACCUCAACAUGGGAUUUUUAUGGAAUUUUGUCAACAUGAGCAGUCUACUGCCAAGUAUGCAAAGAACGUACCACCCCUUAAGAUGGUAGUACCGAUGUCUAAUUUUAUCAGCAAGUGUGAAAUAAUGUGGGCAUCAAUAGUAAAGGAAAUUCAGUGUCAUGAUGGAAAACUUGGAAUAAGUGACAAUGUGCCCUGCAAAGUACGACCUUCAUCUCCUAUAAUUAGAAGAAUUAUAUCUAGUGAUAUUCUUGGCUGCAUUUUGAUGGGCAGUAUCAAGAGCACCUCUUCAGGGAAGCUGCAGCUUGUUGAUGCCACUGGAACUGUGGAUGUUAUGAUACCAGAUAUUGUUUCCAGUUUCUAUUGUCAGGGCAUUCAUGAGGUUAAAGAGUUUAAAGUUAUCCUUGAAGGCCCUUCCAUGCAAGUAGAAUCUGCCGAGCUGCAUUCCGCUGAAGAACUUUCAUGCAGUGGUUUUUUUAAGGAGCUACCUGUGAUGAAAAAAAUAAAUCAACUAGUUAUUUAUGUUCUUUUUUAUCUUGAGGAUUCAACUUGUCUUAAUGCACCUAUCAAUCUUCCUUUAUGCAUGGUCGAUAAUGCUAUUGCUAGUGGAAUUGUACACCUCCUUCUUGUGACCCACAAAUUUCCUGCUGCAGAGACUAAUGAGGUUGACACAGAUGCAUCACACAGCUCUAGCUUAUUUGCCGAGGCUUUGUUUUUGCCUUUUGAUGCUAUUUUCUUAGAUGAAGUUGAACACAGUCACCCAUCUGGCUGGGAUUCACUUAAGUCAAAGUGUGAUCUCAAAACAGCUGAAGCAAGGCCUGUUUGUCCUUUUCUGCUUACUUUUUCUAGAAGCAAUUGUAAAAGGCGCCAUUUUACGGGAUAUUUUUUCCAUAAAAGAUGCUCUGUGCUGGAAAAUAUGUCUGGUGGUCUCCACCCAGUUCUGUUAGAAUUCUUAUCUGAUAGCUUCAUCAAGUAUCAGUCACUGCGAGCUGGUGGGUAUUACAUUAUGAAGUGUUCCAAAGAUUGUCCUUUCUGUUUUAAAAAAGACGAGAAAAAACAAACUUGUGCCAAAGUUUUACUGAGUUCUAGAACUACUCUCUGGAAAGUUUGUUUUUCUUUUGAAACGGCUCAGCAUCAGGAACAACCAAGUUGUCAGACUUCCAGAGAAUAUUUAAUUAGAGAUCACCAGACAUGUUCGGAAAAUGUUCAGAACGAUCUGGUUUUCCAGCAGUUGCACACUGAACUGGAUGAUAUCUCGGAUGUCCAUUUGGUAAUCCCUUGGGAGUCAUUGGGGGUUUUUAGCCAAAUAGAUUUCUUCAAAGAAGAAUUAUUCAACCACUUCUCCAUGCUGCAAGAAGUGUUUACAGUGACAUCAUUUGUUCAGAUUAUGAAAUCUAACAUAUUGAGCCCUUUGAAGCAUGCUGGUUCACGGCAUGAAAGUUUGUUUACUACCAAUCUCAUAUCGAUACGUGGAAAUGUAGAGAAUAUGCAUUUUUUUAGUUUAAAGUUUGGGUCUUUGUGCAGAGAAAAAGGAGACCGUUGUCAUGGGAGGGAUGACUGUAUCUGUUUACAUGUGUAUGAUGAUCAAAACAUGGUUUAUAUACAAGGUAAACAACGUCAUUAUGCUUAUCCUGUUGGUCUGGGGCCUGGAGUGAAUGCAACAUUUCACCGGGUACUUUUGAAAGACUCUCCAGAUGGAUUCCCCAAAUUGGUUCUGACCUCUGUAUCACUUGUUGUUAUUAAUUCUGUGAAAGAAAUUGGCUUUCCAAAUAGAAUAAGACCAACUAUGCUGCCUCAAUUUGAUAGGAAUAAUGAGGAAACUCUGAACUCUGUUUCACUAAGUUUUAUGUCAAAUUUAUCUCAAUUAACGGGCUUCAAGCUUGCUCGGUUGCUCUGCAGGGUUGUGACAAUCCAUUUUCUUAUAUUGGAAAAACUUGACCUUGAUUUUGGAGGAUCAGAAUUAAGAAUGGAGAAAAAGAUGCCAUCAAUGAAGAUCCCGUUGGCUGGAUUUUUGUUGGAUGAUGGUUCAUCUUUAUGCUGUUGUUGGGCUGAAGCAGAGAGAGCAAAAAUGUUGCUUAGAUUAGAUGAAAUUUCAUGCCAUCCAUUCUUCCAAUGUGGUGCCGAUUCAGUAAACAAAAGUUGUAGAUAUCAUGAAACAAUUGGUUAUCAGUUGGAUGGCAUGCUAAGAAAGCACCAAAAGAUUAUUGUGAAAAACUAUAGAGCAGUAUCAGAUGUUUCGUCUUUGGAUUUUAUGUUUCAUGGUGAUUCCAGCCAAAUGUUAAGCAGUGCAGAGGAGCGCCUUCUCAGAUUAGUCAUCGACAAUGCUUGUCAGGGGUCAACUUUUAAUAUUAUUGGUCGUUUGAUGGAUUCAAAUGCAUUGGAUUUUUUGGAUAGAGAAUGUAAGGAUUUGCAAGAUAUAGUACGUCAAUUACCUAACAUUUGGGCUGCAGAAGUUCAGCACAUUAAUUCCCUUAAAGAAGCUAGAAAUUUGCUUGAUGAGCUUAAACAUUGAUAUGCUCACACAUUUGAAAUUCAAGUAUUACCAUAUGAGGACAAAACUAUUACAUUGUGAUCGUCAACUAUUGAUUCUUAUAACUGAAUAUUGGAAAUUCCAAAUUAAGGAAUGUUUUUAAGGAUGCUAUGAACUGACGCUAGUUGACAGCAGUUCAUUCAUUGUUGCUGUAUGAAUAUAUAAGAUAAACUGGCCAGAAUUCUAUGGAUCUACUCUAUCGUUUAAUGGUGCAUUUCAGGAGAAUGAAUGACCACCUGACAAAUUGUGUUCUUAGUAAGGGAAUCUCAUAAUGUUCUGAGCAAGUGAAAAUUUCUUUCAUAUUCAUAGAUCGUGUUUCACAAGGUCAUAUUGCAGCGCAACAGAAGACUGCAUUACCGUAAUAAUGGGAUUUCUCUAUCAUUUAAGGUGAUGGUGGUGGA